GUGUUCAGGACGUAUUUAUUCAUGUGUUAUGAACACCUACCAGAGGAAGUGUCUGAUUUAAACAGUGUUUAUUUUCUACGUAACACCCCCGGCAUGGUGCCCUUACCUAACAGUGUUGAGGAAGCUGAUGAAAUGUUGCCAGGAUAUUUUGAGUUUGGUGUUUUAAAUGGACAUUCAUUAGUCAUGUUGGAACAAAUUAUUACACAAGUUUACAUGCCUCUGUUGUCAUUUAACCAACAUAAAAAUGCUGGAAGUCGACAGGAUACAGGGACAACACAAUCUUCAGAAUCUUCAACCCCAGAGGAAUCUAGCAAAAUUAAUGUGGCGGAGUCCAGAGCAAAGGCAUUAUUACGUGAUGAGUUUUUAAUUAGUAUGCAAAAGUUCUCCGCCAGUAUUAAUCGAACAUUACAACAAAUCGAAGGCGAAGUUCGGCUGGAAAUACCAGAACUUGAGGUUGGCUCAAACAUUGACGAGAUCUUGGCAAACAAUGAUCUGAUGUGGCAGAUUCGUGAAAUUUGUGGGGAAUGGCGUAAACAAGUUCAAGAAGCCUUGGAUUCUCAAUUGAAAAAGGGACAUCACUCUAAUGGUCCUUUAGCAGAAAUUGACUUUUGGCGGGAACGUAACGCUUCAUUAAGUGCGCUAAGUGAACAGUUAAAAAUUCCAAAAGUGAAACAGUUUUUAAAGAUUUAUAGUCAGGUUGACAGUGAUUUUGAUGACCUCAUCAGCGAAUUAACAAAAUACGACACAGAGGCCAAGGAUAAUGUCCGAUUUUUAUCCACGUUGGAACGCCAUUUUAAGAAUAUUGCUCACGGUGCCACCUUUCAAGUGGUGAUUGAGACAAUCCCGUCAAUGAUGAAUGCUUUAAGAAUGGUGUGGAUUAUUUCCCGCCAUUAUAACAAGGAUGAAAGAAUGGUACCGUUAAUGGAAAGAAUCGCCUGGGAAUUGGCAGAACGUGUUGCUAAGGUGAUUGAUGUAAGAGAGAUAUUUGACGAUGGUACAGAUGAGGUGAAAACUAAAACAGCAGAAGCGUCUAAAAUGUUGACAACGUGGAGAGAGUCCUAUUUUGAAGUUCGUGGAAUGAUUGAAGCGUCUGGUCGAGAUCAACGUUGGGAAUUUGACAGAAAGAAAUUAUUUGAAAGAACAGACUAUAUGACUAGUAUUUGUGAUGAUUUACAUGAAAUAGCUCAGGUUUUAGAGGAAUUCUAUAAUAUAUUUGGACCAGAGUUAAAAUCAGUAACAGGAGAUCCUAAGAGAAUUGAAGAUGUAGUUUAUAGAGUGGAUGCUUUAGUCUUUCCUAUUCAACAGAUAACAUUUGAUCCGUUUUCUCAAAAAGAACAGCAUCAAUGGCAUCGACUAAAAGCUAAUUUUAAAAAAGAAGUUGAAGAGAUUGAAGGAGAAGCCAAGAUGUUUAUUGAUGAAUCUUUUAAAACUUUACGAUCAGCGGAGGGAGCUUUCGACAUGUUGUUAAAUUUUAAACAUAUUAGAUCACGUGAGGCCAUUAAUAACCAAAUGAUGCAGAAAUUUAAAGAUAUUUUAAAUCAAUAUGGAAAAGAGGUUGAUACAAUGGAUCAUUUAUUCCGAGAGUUUCAAGAUAGCCCACCUCUAAAUAAAAACAACCCACCAACUAGUGGAACUAUAUUCUGGGAGAGAUCUUUAUUCCAUCGUAUUAAACACACGAUAAUCAGAUUUCAAACUAUGGACGAAAUGAUGUUAACAGCUGAUGGGAAAGAUACUCGAGCUAAAUAUUUAAAAGUUGGUAAAGAUAUGAAAAGAUUUGAAGAUAUAAAAUAUGAACAAUGGCGUGAUCACGUUGAACAGAUUUUACCUUCAUUGUUACGCCGUAAUUUAUUACUAAAACCUCAUCAUGCUCAAUCUGGUUCUUUGUUUGAGAUAAAAUAUUUAGUAGAUUUCGAUCCUCAGUUACAUGAAAUAAUAGCAGAAACUAAAUAUAUGGAACAGUUAGGUUUUUCUGUACCAGAAUUAGCCAGGAACGUAGCCCUUCAGGAAGAGAAAUAUAUAAAGUAUGUAGAUGGAUUACAGAAUAUGUUAUCACGAUAUCAUCGUUUAUUAGGCUCGUUAGACCCAGCUGAGGUUACAUUACUAGAUGAUCAUAUGAAAGAUUUAAGACGUGUUCUACGACCUGGAGCUAAAAGAUUAAACUGGAACUCACUGGGUAUUAAUGACUACAUGUCUAAAUGUCAAUCAGCCAUUGCUAAAUUUGAAUCUCUAGUCAAUCAGAUACAGAAGAAUGCUCGUGAUAUUAACCAACGUUUAUCAAUGAUAGAACAUUCUAAUAUGUUCAAACAUUUACCACCCAAAUAUGAUGAUAUUCUUCCUAGUUGUAAGGAAUUUUUUGAACAUAUUGAAUCAGAGCGUCACAGAGAUUUUGAAUUAUUAGCGAGAAAAUAUCGUGCAAUAGGUCCGUUGUUAACCAAGAUGGAGGGUCUAGUCGUACAUACUAAUACUGGUAAAUCACCCAAACUCUCACAAUACUACGCCUACUGGGAAAAACGCGUCUACGAAUCUCUCACCAAGUUGGUAAUAAGAAAUCUCAAGUCGUUUCACCAUGCAUUAAUAGGAGAUAAGGCAUUAUUUCAAGUAGAGACGUUACUCGUAGCCCCUGAUGUCGUUCUUCACCCACAUACCAACGAGAUAAAUAAACUUAUACUACAGUGUGUGAGAGAUGGUGUAGAGGGUACCAAGUUAUUUGUAAGAUGGAUGAACGGUACAUGUAUCGAAUGUCCACCACAGAAAGUAGAAGGAGAAGAUGAACCUCAUGUUUUUAGUUUCUUCUCUGAUAUUUCUAAUAAUUCUGAGAUUUUAGAAGUUUGUAGUUCUAUACACCAGUCUGUGAGACGAACAUUAACCAGUCUCGCUAGAUAUCUUAUCAGGUGGAAAAAAUAUAAAAGUAUCUGGAAGGUUGAUAAGCAACCAAUCGCUGAUAAAUGGUUCUCUAAAGGUCCCUCAGUGGUAGAAUUUGACGACAAACUUCAGUACUAUUAUAAAACAAUAGAUGAAGUAGCAGCACUACCUACUGUUAAAGAACAAGAUUUUAUCAAACUCCACAUGGGUCCGUUAGCUACUGACGUCAAGAAACACGCUAAACAAUGGAUUGAUUGUUUGGGUAAUAUUUUACACACGUCUGCUAAAGAAUCACUGGAUCAACUCUGGAACAUGAUGGAUGACAAGUCUGAUGAUUUAGACCAAUCACCUGGUGUUUUAGAAGAUUUAAAAUCAGUCUUAUCCACGAUAUCAGAUAUUAAAACCAUGUCACUAGAGGUAGAAACUCAGAUGAGAGAUAUCCAGGAACGAUAUCGUACAUUAGCUAUGUAUAAUGUUGAGGUACCUGAAGCUGAACGAGAUCUCCAAGCCCGUCUGCCAGAAAUUUGGGCUGAUUUAGUUUUAAAAUCAAAGAAUGUCGACGCUAGUCUGAUAGUCGUGAAGAAAAAAUUCACAGAAAUUACACAAGAUGAAAUAAAAGAAUUCCGAAAGAAUUUAGAGAAAUUUGCGGAGACGUUUAAAAUUGAGGGUCCGGGAGCUGUUGGCAAUGACCUAGAUCUAGGUCUGGAGAAAAUGAAGAAAUUUAGACAGGAGGUGGCUCAGUAUGAAGGUCAACGUAAUGAACUAGCGAACGCUGAAAAACUAUUUGAUCUACCGAUCACUAUGUACCCUGAUUUAGUACAAGUUACUAAAGAUAUGAAAGGCUUGGAGAUGAUCUACGCCUUGUAUGAAGAACAGUUGGCAGCGAGAGAACAAUGGGCUGAAACCCUGUGGGCCAAUCUCAACGUCCAGAUUCUACAAGAUGGUAUUGAAGGUUUCCUGAAAACUCUACGAAAAUUUCCUAAAGAUGUUCGUAGUUUACCUGUAGCUAGAACUCUAGAAGAGAAGAUGAAAGAAUUCAGAGAUUCACUACCACUGUUUGUUGAUUUGAAACACGAAGCUCUGAGAGAACGUCAUUGGAAAGAUCUGAUGAGUAAAACUGGACAGAAGUUUGAUAUUAAUCCUGAGACUUUUACCCUUGCUAAUGUCUUUGCCAUGGAGUUGCAUCGAUUCCAAGAAACUAUUGGAGAAAUUGUUACCUGUGCCAGCAAAGAGAUGGGCAUUGAGAAGGGUGUACGAGAGGUAGAAGAGACUUGGAGUAAUAUGAAAUUUACUGUUCAGGCUUACAUGAAGGGUACGAGUAACCGUGGUUACAUACUGGGAGCAGUGGACGAUAUUCUACAAAUACUUGACGAUAGUGCCAUGAAUCUACAGAGCAUGUCGGCAUCACGAUUUGUGGGCCCGUUUUUAAAUUCUGUACAAAACUGGGAAAAGGGAUUGUCUCUGAUAUCUGAAGUAUUAGAUGUAUGGAUGGUGGUACAGAGAAAAUGGAUGUAUUUAGAAGGAAUAUUUAUUGGAGGUGAUAUUCGCUCUCAACUUCCAGAGGAGGCCAAAAAAUUCGACCAAAUUGAUAAAACAUUUAAAAAGAUUAUGAACGACACAUUUAAGGUUCCGACUAUCAAAACAGCUUGUCACGCUCAAAACAGACUUGCAGACUUACAGAAUCUUAGUUCCGGUCUAGAGAAAUGUCAGAAAUCUUUGAAUGAUUAUCUGGAUUCCAAACGUAACGCCUUCCCACGAUUCUUCUUCAUCUCAGACGAUGAGUUGCUAAGUAUUCUGGGUAGUAGUGAUCCUGAAUGUGUUCAAGAACAUAUGAUUAAGAUGUUUGACAAUAUCAGUUCUUUGAAAUUCCAAAAAGGAGCGAAUAAUGAAAUGGUGGUAACGGCCAUGGUGUCUGCUGAAGGUGAAAUGAUGGAUUAUCGUACGACUGUGUCAGCCGAGGGCCGUGUGGAAGACUGGAUGACCAGUGUUUUAGACGAAAUGAGAAGAAGUAAUCGUCUCAUUACCAAGGAGGCCAUCUUUACUUACUGUAACAACAUUAAGAGAGUUGAUUGGAUGAUGCAGUAUCAGGGAAUGGUUUGUUUAGCUGGUAAUCAAGUAUGGUGGACAUGGGAAGUAGAAGAUGUAUUUAGAAAAGUUAAAAAGGGAAAGAAGACAGCUCUGAAAGAUUACGCUAAACAACUUCAUGGUCAAAUUGAUGAUUUGGUAGUCAAGGUACGAUCUCCACUGACUAAGAAUGACAGAUUAAAGUUUAAUUCUGUGUUAAUUAUUGAUGUACAUGCUAGAGAUAUUAUAGAUGGUUUUGUUAGAGACAGUAUUAUGGAUGCGCGAGAGUUUGAGUGGGAGAGUCAGCUAAGAUUUUACUGGGAGAAAGAACCUGAUGAAUUAUUAAUACGACAGUGUACAGGAGAUUUUGGGUAUGGGUAUGAAUAUAUGGGUCUGAACGGUCGACUGGUUAUUACACCACUAACAGACAGAAUAUACCUUACACUUACUCAGGCAUUAUCAAUGAAUCUUGGAGGGGCACCUGCAGGUCCAGCUGGUACUGGUAAAACAGAAACAACUAAAGAUUUAGCUAAAGCUCUGGGUUUAUUGUGUGUUGUUACUAAUUGUGGAGAGGGCAUGGAUUUUAAGGCUGUAGGAAAGAUAUUUUCUGGUCUAUGUCAGUGUGGUGCGUGGGGUUGUUUUGAUGAGUUUAAUCGUAUUGAUGUCUCAGUAUUAUCUGUCAUCUCAACUCAACUUAAAACUAUACAGAAUGGUUUACUACUUAAACUCAAACGCUUUCACUUUGAAGGUCAAGAAAUCAACCUGGAUUCCCGAGUUGGUAUAUUUAUCACCAUGAACCCUGGAUACGCUGGUCGUACAGAAUUACCCGAAUCAGUGAAAGCCCUAUUCCGUCCUGUGGUAGUCAUAGUUCCUGAUCUACAACAGAUCUGUGAAAUUAUGUUGUUUUCUGAAGGUUUCUUACUGGCUAAGGUAUUAGCAAAGAAAAUGACAGUAUUAUAUAAACUAGCUAAAGAACAGUUAUCUAAACAAUAUCAUUAUGAUUUCGGUUUACGAGCAUUGAAAUCUGUAUUGGUCAUGGCUGGAGAGUUAAAGAGAGGUUCCCCAGAUCUUUCAGAGGAUGUGGUACUGAUGAGAGCUUUACGAGAUAUGAACUUACCUAAAUUUGUGUUUGAAGACGUUCCGUUAUUCUUGGGUCUGAUUGGAGAUUUGUUCCCCGGACUAGACUGUCCACGUGUUCGUUAUCCUAACUUCAACGAUGCAGUGGAGGCCGUGAUUCAAGAAAAUAAUUACAUUGAACUACCUCAACAGGUAAGGGACUUUAGUUUGAUUGGUUUUCGUGUUGAUAAAGUAGUACAGAUGUAUGAAACUAUGUUAACACGUCAUACUACUAUGAUAGUUGGUCCCACUGGUGGUGGUAAAUCAGUUGUUAUAAAUACACUCUCACAGGCUCAAUCUCGAUUAGGAAUCCAAACCAAGUUGUUCACCAUCAAUCCUAAAGAUCGUAGUGUAAUUGAACUCUAUGGUAUCUUAGAUCCAGCCACUCGAGAUUGGACGGACGGAUUGCUCUCAAAUAUUUUCCGUGAAAUCAACAAACCCACAGAUAAAAAUGAGAAGAAAUAUAUCGUAUUUGACGGAGAUGUUGAUGCAUUAUGGGUAGAAAAUAUGAAUUCUGUCAUGGAUGAUAAUCGUUUGAUGACGCUCGCUAACGGUGAACGUAUUCGACUACAGAAACAUUGUGCCUUACUUUUUGAGGUAUAUGAUCUACAAUAUGCAUCACCAGCUACGAUUUCACGCUGCGGUAUGGUUUACGUCGACCCUAAAAAUCUGGGCUACAAGCCAUACUGGGAUAAAUGGGUGAAUGUUCGUAACUGUGGUAAAUCUGAGAAAGAUGAUCUGAACCGUCUUUAUGAGAAAUACGUACCCAAUCUGAUUGAUAUGGUAGUAGAGGGAGUGGUCGAAGGACGGCAACAAGAGAAGAUCAAGACUAUCGUACCACUGACUAAUCUUAAUAUGGUAACUCAACUAAGUAUGAUGCUAAACGCCCUGCUGACUAAAGAAAUCCCAGAAUUUGAAGAGCUAGAAGCCUUGUUUCUCCAGGCUCUUUAUUGGUCUAUUGGUGCUGGUCUACUAGAGGCUGGACGUACCAAGUUUGAUGCUUACGUGAAAUACCUGGCUUCGUUAACAAUGAUUACUGAUGAUGACCAACAGGCUGGACCAGGAGAACUACCUCAAUCUUCAUUACUGUAUGAAUACUACUGGGAUGGUGAACAGAAGAAAUGGAUUCCGUGGGCUAAACUUGUCCCCAAAUACAUCCAUAAUCCAGAAGUGAAAUUUAACGAAAUCUUGGUACCUACUAUUGAUACAGUUCGUACAACAUGGCUGAUUAAAUUAAUGGUGGAGAUCAAACGUCCAGUGGUAUUAAUUGGUGAGACUGGUACAUCCAAGUCUGCUACCACGGCUAACUUCCUUCGUGGUAUGGACCAAGAUGCUCAUUUGUUAUUGAAUAUGAAUUUCUCAAGUCGUACUACCUCACUAGAUGUUCAACGUAAUUUAGAAGCUAACGUUGAGAAACGAACUAAGGAUACAUACGGACCUCCAAUGGGAAAGAGAUUGAUUAUAUUUGUUGAUGAUAUGAACAUGCCACAGGUUGAUACGUACGGAACCCAGCAACCUAUAGCUCUAUUAAAACUCCUGUUGGAACGUGGAGGUAUUUAUGAUAGAGGUAAAGAUUUGAACUGGAAGAAUUUGAAAGAUAUUGGAUACAUCGCUGCUAUGGGUAAAGCUGGUGGAGGUCGAAAUGAAACGGAUCCUCGAUUCGUGUCGUUAUUCAGUGUAUUCAACAUGACGUUCCCGAGUGAAGAAUCCCUGUAUAGUAUCUACUAUUCUAUAUUAAAGGGCCACACCCAGGCCUUCCCUCAAGAAAUACAAGAUAUAGUUUCAUCCAUUACUAAAAUGACUAUGACUUUAUAUGGAAUGAUCGUUAAAGAGUUACCUCCCACCCCGUCUAAAUUUCACUACAUCUUCAACCUUCGUGACUUGUCCCGAAUUUACAACGGAUUGUGUCUUACCACUCCUGAUAGGUUCCAGAAACCAGAGCAGUUCCUGCGAGUAUGGCGUAAUGAGUGUCUCCGUGUCAUCGGUGAUCGUCUGAUCAACGAACAAGACAAGGAAAUAGUCAAUGUGACUAUGAAGGGCCUCUUAGAAGAAAAUUUCAACUCGAGUACAGAGUUUGUGUUACGUGAUCCGUGUCUGUUUGGUGAUUAUCGUACAGCCUUAGAGGAAAGUGAACCACGGUUAUAUGAAGAUGUGCAAGAUUAUGAUGCUAGUAAAGCAUUGUUUCAAGAGAUUCUAGAAGAAUAUAAUGAAAGUCAUACACCAAUGAAUCUAGUUUUGUUUGACGAUGCCCUGGAACAUUUAACUCGAAUCCAUCGUGUUUUACGUAUGGAUCGUGGCCACUCUCUAUUGGUUGGUGUAGGAGGAAGUGGUAAACAAUCUCUAUGUCGAUUGGCUAGUUUUACUGCUGGAUGUGAAGUGUUUGAGAUCACGUUAAGUCGAGGUUACAGCGAGUCGUCGUUCAGAGAUGAUCUCAAAGUUUUAUACAACAUGCUGGGAACAGAAAAUAAAAAAGUUUCAUUUUUAUUCACGGAUCAGCAUGUUGUUGAAGAAGGAUUCCUGGAAUUGAUUAACAACAUGUUAACAUCUGGAAUGGUACCAGCUUUGUAUGCUGAUGAUGAAAAAGAGGGAAUUAUUAGUGGAAUACGAGAUGAAGCUAUCAAGAAUGGAGCCGCCCACGCUAGAGAAAGUAUCUGGCAAUAUUUCGUUAAUAAAUGUGCCAAUAACCUACAUGUUGUCAUGGCGAUGUCACCUGUAGGCGAUACACUACGAACUAGAUGUCGUAACUUUCCUGGUAUGGUGAACAAUGCUAGUAUUGACUGGUUUUUCCCGUGGCCAGAACAGGCUCUGUAUGCUGUAGCUAGUGUCUUUAUAUCACCUGAGAAUAAUCUGAUACCUGACGAACAUCGUGAAAAUCUGGUCACUCAUAUCGUCCUGGUUCAUACCAGCGUCGGCCAUUACAGUAAAAUGUUUCUGCAGCGAUUGAGACGUAACAACUACGUCACACCCAAAAACUACUUGGAUUUCAUUAAUACUUAUCUCAAAUUACUGGAAGAGAAAGAUCAAUAUAUUCUUUCACAGUGUGAACGUUUAGCAGGUGGUUUAUCAAAGAUUGCAGAUGCCUCCGACAUGUUGGCGGUUCUCAGUGAUAAACUUGCUGUCCAGGAGGUAGCGGUACGGGAGAAAACAGCAGCCUGUCAGGAACUCUUGGAAGAAAUUGCUAUCGGUACCAAACAAGCCACGGAGAAGAAAGAAAUGGCCCAGAAAAAAGGGAAAGAAAUUGAGGAACAGAAUAAGAUUAUUGUUGUAGAAAAGAAAGAGGCAGAAGAUGCUCUAGCUGAGGCAUUGCCAGCUUUAGAAAUGGCCAGAAUAGCUCUAGAAGAUUUAGAGAAAUCAGACGUCACUGAAAUCAGGUCGUUUGCGAAGCCGCCUAAAGCGGUACAGACAGUCUGUGAGUGUAUCGUUGUUAUGAGAGGUAUUCGAGAAGUCUCGUGGAAAUCAGCCAAGGGUAUGAUGUCGGAGGCGAACUUUUUAAAAUCGCUGACUGAAAUGGACGUAGAUGGAAUUACACCUAAACAAACUGCUGCUGUUAAAGGUUUAUUAAAAGAAAUGGACACUACCCCAGCUGAUAUGAAGGCUGUCAGUCGAGCUGGUGCAGGUCUGUUGAAGUUUGUGGAGGCUGUUAUGGGAUACUGUUCAGUGGCCAGAGAAAUCAAGCCUAAGAGAGAAAAGGUGGCUAAACUAGAAAGAUCCUACCAUCAAGCUAAACGAGACUUGGAUAAAAUCACCAAAGAAAUCAGUGCCCUGGAAUCAGAGCUGUCCAAACUGAACCAGAAAUACGAGGAGGCCAUGUCUGAGAAGAAAGCUCUACAAGAAGAGGCGGAGAUUAUGGAACGUCGAUUACGAGCUGCCGAUAAACUCAUUUCUGGUCUGGGGUCUGAAAAUGUCAGGUGGGUUAAAAAUUUAGAGGAAUUGAAAAAUAAACGAGUGCGUCUGUUGGGAGAUUGUCUGUUAAAUUCUGCUUUCCUUAGUUACGUGGGUGCAUUCAGUUGGGAAUUCCGUAACGACCUAGUUUAUCAAGAAUGGAAGAAUGAUUUAAAAGAGCGGGAAAUUCCACUCAGCGAUCCGUUUAAGUUGGAAGAUUUGUUGACCAAUGAUGUAGAGAUCAGUAAAUGGACGUCUGAAGGUUUGCCACCAGAUGAUUUGUCCAUCCAGAACGGUAUUUUAACAACUCGUGCCAGUCGCUUCCCAAUGUGUAUCGACCCCCAGCAACAGGCUUUAAAAUGGAUUAAAAAGAAAGAAGAAGCUAAUAAUUUGAAAGUGUGUACAUUUAAUGAUCCUGAUUUCCUAAAACAACUAGAAUUGGCUAUAAAAUAUGGAUUUCCCUUCCUAUUUCAAGAUGUAGAUGAAUAUAUAGACCCUGUUAUUGAUAACGUACUGGAGAGAAAUAUUAAAGGAGGUCAAGGUCGUGAGUUUGUUAUGUUAGGUGAUAAAGAAGUAGAUUAUGAUCCUAAUUUCCGUCUGUAUCUCAACACCAAACUAGCCAACCCUAAAUACGGUCCGAACGUCUUCGGUAAAUCUAUGGUCAUCAACUAUACUGUUACACUUAAGGGUCUAGAAGAUCAGUUAUUGAGUGUGAUUGUUAAAUAUGAACGUAAAGAGUUAGAGGAACAGAGAGAAAGAUUAAUCCAAGAAACAAGCGUUAAUAAACGAUUGUUGAAAGAUCUAGAAGAUUCAUUGUUACGAGAAUUGGCCACGUCUCAGGGAAAUAUGUUAGAUAAUGUAGAGUUGGUGGAAACUUUAGAAGAAACUAAAACUAAGGCUUCAGAGGUGUCAAUUAAAUUGAAACAAGGAGCCGAAACGGCCAUCGAUAUCGAGAAACUUCGUGAUGGAUAUCGACCUGCAGCUAAGCGUGGAGCCAUCUUGUUUUUCGUCUUGGCGGAAAUGUCGCUUGUCAACACAAUGUACCAGUAUUCCUUGGCAUCGUAUCUCGAUGUUUUUGAGUUUUCAUUAAAGAAGAGUUUACCGGACUCAAUUCUCCACAAACGUCUACGUAACAUCAUGGAGACAUUAACUCAUAAUGUUUAUAAUUACGGUUGUACUGGUAUAUUUGAGAAACAUAAAUUACUUUUCUCACUGCAAAUUACCAUCAAACUAGAACAAGAUCAGAGCCAUCUUGGUCAGGAGGAGUUAGAUUUCUUUAUCAAGGGUAAUAUUGCACUAGAAAAAAGCAAGCGUAAGAAACCGUUUGGUUGGCUGCCGGAUGAGGGGUGGGAGGACUGCACUCGCUUGGCCACAGAAUUCUCAGAUAAAUUUGGAACAUUACUUGACGACAUUGAGAAGAAUGAAAACGCCUGGAAAGAGUGGUACGAUCAUGAUACACCAGAAUCUCAACCGUUUCCGGGUAGAUAUGAACAAUCUCUAGCAGCGUUUCAACGAUUAAUGUUGUUACGAUGUUUCCGUGUUGAUCGUAUUUACCGAGCGGUUACCGAGUAUAUCACCAGCGUGAUGGGAGAGAAGUAUGUAACGCCACCUAUUAUUAGUUUUGAGGCGAUAUUUGAACAGAGUACACCGAUGUCUCCGAUAGUGUUUAUUUUGAGUCCUGGGUCGGAUCCUGCUAGUGAUCUGAUGAAACUGGCAGAAAGACUGGAGUUCGGAACCAAUAAGUUGAAAUAUUUAUCCAUGGGGCAAGGACAAGAGCAGGUUGCCCUUCAACUUUUAGAAACAGCCAUAGCUAGAGGACAGUGGUUGAUGUUACAAAACUGUCAUUUAUUAGUCAACUGGUUGCUAGAGUUAGAAAAACAUCUUGAAAAACUCAACAAACCACAUCCUGACUUCCGACUGUGGUUGACGACAGAUCCCACACCAAGAUUCCCUAUCGGUAUACUUCAGCGUUCUCUAAAAGUCGUUACUGAACCUCCCAACGGCUUGAAACUCAAUCUACGAAGCACGUAUCACAAGAUUCCCGCAACAGCGCUAUCAGAAUGUCCACAUCCAGCCUUCAGCUCAUUAAUAUUCGUACUAGCGUUCUUCCACGCUGUGGUACAGGAACGAAGAAAGUAUGGUAAAAUAGGCUGGAAUGUAUCGUAUGAUUUUAACGAGUCUGAUUUCCGUGUGUGUAUGCAGAUAUUAAAUACCUACCUGACCAAGUCUACUGAUCAGGGUGAUAGUAAAAUACCCUGGGCCAGUUUAAAAUAUCUAAUUGGAGAGGUCAUGUAUGGUGGACGAGCUAUUGAUGAUUUUGACAGACGUGUUUUAAGGACGUACAUGGAUGAGUAUAUGGGAGAUUUUAUAUUUGAUACGUUUCAACCUUUCCAUUUCUACCAUAAUGAAGAGGUUGAUUAUAAAAUACCAGAGCCUGGACCUCGUGAUAAUUAUAUUGAUUUCCUGGAAUCGCUGCCUCUAUCUAACACACCGGAAGUAUUUGGUUUACAUCCUAAUGCCGAGAUAGGGUACUAUACACAGGCUGCUAGAGAUAUGUGGUCUCAUUUAGUCGAACUACAACCUCAAACUGGUGAAAGUGGAGGUGGAAUAAGUCGUGAAGAGUUCAUCGAUAAAAUCGCAACAGACGUGCUCAACAAACUACCCGAGGAAUUUGACCUAGAUAAAAUACGUAAAAAGUUUGGUAUCGAUAUUUCUCCCACAACGGUUGUGUUGUUACAAGAAUUAGAGCGAUUCGAUAAACUUAUUAUCAGAAUGAGAAGAUCGUUAACUACGUUGCAACGAGCAUUGGCUGGAGAAGUAGGUAUGAGUAGUGAACUUGAUGAAGUUGCCAGAGCGUUAUUUAAUGGCCAGAUUCCAUCAAUCUGGCGACGCCUUGCUCCAGAUACCCUCAAAUCUCUGGGUAACUGGAUGAUUCAUUUUGAACGAAGAUUUAAACAAUACAACUUCUGGGUAAAUGAAAGUGAACCACCAGUUAUGUGGUUAUCAGGGUUACACAUCCCAGAAUCCUAUUUAACAGCUCUAGUACAAGCAACGUGUCGUAAGAAUGGCUGGCCGCUAGAUAAAUCAACUCUUUACACAUCUGUUACGCAGUAUCAGACGGCUGAUGAUGUCACAGAACGUGCUCAUUCAGGCUGUUUUGUGACUGGUCUGUAUUUAGAGGGUGCUGCUUGGGACAGGAAAGAAAUGUGUCUGAUUCGACAGAAACCAAAACAACUUAUACAAGAGUUACCUGUCCUGAAAAUUAUACCUAUAGAAUCACACAGGUUGAAAUUACAGAAUACAUUACGAACACCAGUGUAUGUGACCUCACAGAGAAGAAAUGCCAUGGGGGUGGGGCUGGUGUUUGAAGCUGAUCUAGCCACCACUGAACAUAUCAGUCACUGGGUACUACAGGGGGCUUGUCUUAUUCUCAACACAGAUUAG